CCCAAGGAAGAGUCACGGUUAGCAGUGGAGUGUGAGACUAGAUGCCUCUUCUUCUCCUAUGGUUUCCCAUUAAAGAGUAGGUGCUACUGUUUCUCAGGAGCCAGAGCAGCAGGUAUAACAUCCUGCCAGCUUUACACCAUGUCUGUCCCAGAGUCACAAGAUAAGAAACUGCUCCUACGCGGCUCUGAGGGCAGAGGCACCAGCCAGCAGUACGGAACUCACCCGUCCUCAUCUCAACGCUCCAGAAGUCCACAACAUUUUGGCUCUGAUGGGAAUAUUUCACCUGUCAGCACCAGUCUCCGUUAUGAGCCACAGGAGUGCACUGAGACAGACUUUCUGCUCCCCAAACAUCUCUAUGGCAGCUCAAGGUUCAAUGAAUCCACCAGAAUAAAGGAUGCAGGUGGCUCCAUUGCCCCUGCUGAGUCAGUCUGCUGUGUGGUGCUUCAGAUCCUGGUGCCAUUUCUGCUGGCUGGACUCGGGACUAUCUCUGCUGGGAUGCUCCUUGAAGUGGUUCAGAACUGGGACGUGUUUCAGGAAAUCACAGAGCUCUUCAUCCUGGUCCCUGCAGUAUUAGGCAUGAAGGGGAACCUGGAGAUGACUCUAGCCUCCAGACUCUCGACUGCUGUAAACACAGGAAAAUUGGAACCUGCUGAUGAAAAGUGGAUGUUGAUUGCUGGGAACUUGGCACUUAAGCAGCUACAAGCCACAGUGCUCGGCCUGCUGGCCUCUUUGAUGGCGACUCUGUUGGGCUGGAUGGCAGAGGGAAAGAUGCCCUUACAGCACGUAAUGCUCCUGUGUUCAUCCAGCGUUUCUACCUCCUUCAUUGCUUCAUUGCUGCAAGGUAUUAUCAUGGUGGGAGUGAUCAUUGGGUCCAAGAGGUUCGGAAUCAACCCUGACAAUGUGGCCACACCCAUGGCUGCCAGCUUUGGGGAUCUCAUCACUCUUGCCUUGCUGGCCUGCUUCAGUUACUGGUUCUACUCCCUCAUAGAUCUGUAUCCCUACGUGUUGUACCUGGUGGAUAUGUUAUUUGUGUGCCUGAUUCCUGUCUGGAUAUUCAUCUCCCUCAAACAUCCAGCCAGUCGCAUCCUGCUCCGCACAGGCUGGGAACCAAUUAUCACAGCGAUGGUCAUCAGCAGUAUUGGAGGAGUUAUUCUGGACAAAGCUGUGACAGAUCCAAACCUGGCAGGAAUUAUAGUUUAUGCUCCAGUUAUAAAUGGUAUUGGAGGAAACCUCGUCUCCAUACAGGCCAGUCGCAUUUCUACUAAUUUGCAUUUGAAUUACCCACCCAGAGAGGUUCCCGAAGAUCGUAAAGGCUGCUUCAACCCCUGCCGCACUUUCUUUGGCUCAGGAGCGAACCAUCGAUCUGCUCAGAUUCUGCUUUUGUUGGUGAUCCCUGGUCAGCUCAUCUUCUUAUACACUAUUCACCUGAUGAAAGGAGCCAACACAUUGCCCAGUCCUCUCCUGACUGUCGUCUUCUUGGCUGCAUCUGUGAUUCAGGUCUUCACCCUGCUUUGUAUAGCCGACUGUAUGGUCCACUGUCUGUGGCGUAGGGGUAGAGACCCUGACAGUUACGCAAUACCCUACCUCACCGCCCUUGGAGACUUACUGGGGACCGCUCUCCUCUCUCUUGCCUUUGUGCUGCUGUGGUGCAUUGGAGAUUCGGGCAGUGUGUAAGUUUGAAACAGGAAAAGACUUGAGGACGAACAAAGGAGCCUAGAUCUUAGCCAGCUCUACAGUUUCCUGGCUUACAAGAUGUUUACUAAUGCACGAGGAAAUAACA